CUCCGGCUCACACUUUGCUGGAGUUGGUGCGGGGUGAGCAGGAUAAAAAAACAGCUAUAGGUGCUUUCACGGAUUUUAUUUUCCUGCCUUCAAUGAUUCCCGAAUAUGCAUUGAUGUCUCCGUUUAAUAUCGAGGGAGUUUGUCUUGAAAGGAGGUCCAGGUUUAGCGACGACGUUGCGAAGUUGUUCCCUUGAAGUUUUCCCCCAAGGGCUGCAAAGCGAAUUCCCUGUUUACUAUUCAACUACCCCAGCCACCAUGGCGAGGCGGGUAGGGGGAGAAGGAUCCGUGAUUUUAACACAAAUUCCAUACACGAAUUGGAGUAAGCAGUCGAGACUCCCCUGGUAUGACUUCAUGGCGGUUUCUUGGAGCUGUAUGGCAGUCAUGUCGCUUCUAUGUUGUGGGGUUUGUGGUGCCGAAACGGAGUUCUCGAUCUUGGAGGAGGCACAAGUUUUAGCCGUACAAAUGAAAAAACUGUCCUCGCAGGAGCUUGGAGUCUUCAACAUGCAGAGAAUCUUCAACUCAUUUGUGUACACAGAAAAGACCUCAAACAGAGAGACCGAGGUACAGCAGCUUGCAAAGAAGAUCCGUGAGAAGUUUAACCGCUACCUGGAUGUGGUGAACAGGAACAAGCAGGUAGUGGAGGCGUCAUACACAGCCCACCUGACCUCUCCUCUGAACGCCAUCCAGGACUGCUGCACCAUCCCCCCCUCCAUGGUUGAGUUUGAUGGUAACUUCAACACCAACGUGUCCAAGACCAUCUGCUGUGACAGGCUCUCCCCCACGGUCAACAGUCGAGCCUUCAACCCUGGACGGGACCUCAACUCAGUGUUGGCAGAUAACCUGAAGUCCAACCCGGGCAUCAAGUGGCAGUACUUCAGCUCAGAGGAGGGCAUCUUCACUGUGUUCCCCGCCCACAAGUUCCACUGCAAGGGCAACUACGAGCACCGCAGCAGGCCAGUGUACGUGACGGCGGUGCGGCCCCAGUCCAAACACAUCGUGGUGAUAAUCGACCACGGAGUGACCAUUACAGAAACACAGCUCCAGAUUGCCAGAGAUGCUGCCCUCGUCGUCCUCAACUCUAUAGAUGAACACGACAAGGUCUCCAUCCUGUCCUCAGCAGAGGCUGUGCGCUCCUGUUCUCUGGACCAGUGCUAUAAGAGCUACCUGUCUCCUGCCACCAGCGAGACCAAGAGGAAGAUGAGCGCCUUCAUCACCAACCUCAAGGCCUCCGACAGCCCUACCCAGCAUGCACUGGGCUUCCAGAAGGCCUUCCAGCUCCUCAGGAACACCAGCAACGUCACCCGGAAACUCACCAACACAGACAUGGUGAUCGUCUACCUGUCGUCUGGCAUCACGUCCCGAGACGCAUCGGAGCAUGAGAAGAGAGACACCCUCCGUGUGGUCAAAGAGGAGAACCGCCACCUCAACAACUCCGUCAUGAUCCUCACCUACGCCCUCAUGAAUGAGGGCGUGACGGGUCUGAAGGAGCUAGCGUUCCUGCGUGACCUAGCGGAGCAGAACUCUUUGAAGUACGGCGUCCCGGACCGCUCGGCACUCCCCGUGGUGAAGGGGAGCAUGAUGGUCCUGAAUCAGCUCAGUAACCUGGAGACCACCGUGGGACGCUUCUACAUCAACCUGCCCAACCGCAUGAUAGACCUGUCCUGCUUCAGCCUGCCCUACCAGGACCCCAUGGGAGACGGUUUCAUCAUGACGGUGAGCCGGCCCUGUUACUUUGGCAACCUGUUGCUGGGUGUGGUUGGGGUGGACGUGAACCUAGCCUACAUUCUAGAGGACGUCACCUACUACCAGGAUUCCUUGGCCUCCUACACAUUCCUCAUAGACAACAAAGGUUACACCCUGAUGCACCCGUCCCUCACGCGGCCCUACCUGAUGACAGAGCCUCCCCUCCACACUGACAUCAUCCACUAUGAGAACAUCCCUGGGUUCCCCGUAGUACGGGACAACAUUCUCCGUCUGCCCCUGGGUAGUCAGGUGAUAGCUGUGCCCACCAACUCCUCUCUGUCCUGGCACACCAACCGCCUCCGAGACCCCAGCAAGGAUGCCUACAACGUCAGCUACACAUGGAAACUGGUCCAGGACAAGUCGUUCAUCUUGUGCAUAGUGAACGUCCAGCCAGAGAUCCCAGUGAAACACCUGAAGAACCUGAACACUGCUCCCAGCUCCAAGCUGCUCUAUCACCGCCUGGACCUGCUGGGUCAGACCAGCUCCUGUCUGCACUUCAAACAGCUGGCCACUGUCGAGAGUCCUACAGUGAUGCUGUCUGCAGGGAGUUUCUCCUCGCCCUACGAACACCUCAGCCAACCAGAGACCAAACGCAUGGUGGAACACUACACUGCCUACCUCAGUGAUAACACACGCCUCAUAGCCAACCCUGGACUCAAGUCGUCGGUCAGGAAUGAGGUGAUGGCGACCAGUCACGUCACAGAUGAAUGGAUGACACUCAUGGAGAUGAGUAGCCUCAACUGCUACAUUGUGCGCCGUUACAUAGCAACGCCCAAUGGAGUGCUUCGGAUUUACCCCGGCUCACUCAUGGACAAAGCCUUCGAUCCGUCCCGGAGACAAUGGUACCAACAUGCAGUGGCGAACCCUGGCCUCAUCACCUUCACCGGGCCUUACCUGGAUGUGGGCGGGGCCGGAUACGUGGUCACCAUCAGCCACACCAUCCACACCUCCAGUUCUCAGAUGGCCUCAGGGUAUGCAGUAGCAGUAAUGGGGAUAGACUUCACACUGCGUUACUUCUACAAGGUUCUGCUGGACCUGCUACCCGUCUGCAAUCAGGACAAGGGCAACAAGAUCCGGUGUUUUAUCAUGGAGGACCGGGGUUAUUUGGUUGCCCACCCCACCCUCAUCGAUCCUAAAGGUCACGCUCCAGCCGAGCGGCAGCACAUCACACACAAGGAACCGCUGGUGGCCAACGACAUCCUGAACCAUCCUAACUUUGUCAAGAAGAAUUUGUGCAACAGCUUCAGCGACCGCACAGUCCAACGUUUCUACAAGUUCAACACCAGCAUCAUUGGUGACUUGACUAACCUGGUCCACGGGAGCCACUGCUCCAAGUACCGCCUGACCCGUAUCCCUGGCACCAACGCUUUCGCUGGCAUCGUCAACGAGACUUGUGAUUCGCUGGCUUUCUGUGCCUGUAGCACCGUGGACCGCCUCUGUCUCAACUGUCACAGGAUGGAGCAGAAUGAGUGUGAGUGUCCAUGUGAGUGCCCCCUGGAGGUCAACGAGUGUACUGGCAACCUCACCUACACUGAGAACAGGAACCCCAGCUGUGAGGUGCACCAGGAGCCCCUGUCUCUGACGGCGAUUGACUCCAGUCUGCAGGACACCCUGCCCCAGUGUAUCAACACCCGCUGCAGCCAGCGCUUCACUAGCAGUGACUGUUUUGGCGUGUUGGACUGUGAAUGGUGUAUGGUGGACAAUGAUGGGAAGACCCACCUGGACAAACCUUACUGUGCCCUGCAGAAGGAAUGCUUCGGGGGUAUCCUCGGGGCCAAGAGCCCUUACAUGGACGGCAUGGGGAUGUUGGAUGAGGAGGUAGCGUCUCUGAACAUGAUUCGAAGUGCACCGGUAGGGCCGGUUGCCGGGGGGAUUAUGGGCUGUAUCAUGGUGCUGGUGUUGGCUGUAUACGCCUACAGACACCAGCUCCACCGGCGCUCACAUCAACACAUGUCCCCUCUGGCCGCGCAGGAGAUGUCAGUGCGGAUGUCUAACCUGGAUAAUGAGCGAGAUGAGGACAGUCAUGAAGACAGGGGAAUCAAUGUUUUCCUGUCCCGUCCUGCAGUCAGCAACACACGGUUUAUUGCUGCGGUGAUUGAGAGACACACCCACAGCCCCGAGCGCAGGAGGAGGUACUGGGGACGGUCAGGGACAGAGAGUGACCACGGUUACAGCACCAUGAGUCCUCAGGAGGACAGCGAAAACCCUCCCUGCAACAACGACCCCUUGUCGGCCGGCGUGGACGUGGGGAACCACGAUGACGACCUGGAUCUGGACACGCCCCCUCAGACGGCGGCGCUGCUCAGCCACAAGUUCCACCCGUACCGCCAUCCGCCCCACCACCAGCUCCACACACACCACCUGCAGGCAGCAGUCACCGUGCACAGUGUGGAUGCAGAGUGCUGAUCCUCUGUACCCGAUCCCUACACAGGCCUCAGCUCUCCUCCAACCCCACCAGCCCUCUCCCAAGCGUGGCUACAUCACUACUAGCUAUUCAUCCAACACUACCACUACCAACUCCACCACCCAUGUGUGCUCCCACUGUGCCAAGCCAGGGUGAGAGGAGUUGGGCUGGGGAGAACAGAGCAGUCCCCCUCCUGGAGGACUCCUUAAAGUUCACACACUCCACCUCUGUUGAGGAACACUAGCUUCUGUAGCCCAGUAUAGCCCUGCUCAGAAACACGGGGGGUGUGGUGGAGGCCUCUUUUAUUCAAAAGGGGUCUGAACUUGUUUAAAAGUGUAAACAAAGCAUCUCAGAUUUUUAAGAAGAAAAUAACAAAUAAGAAAUAAAGGAUUAUUUUUCUACUAUUUAUUGAACUGGAUUUGAGAGUGAUCAGAUGAGCGCCUGACAGUGGCUGGAACUGAACUGAAUGAACUCUGGUUGCCAAGGUAACCACAGUGGCUGAUCAUGGACCACAGAGUGUCCCUGCUGCACGUGCCCCUCACUUCCUGUUAAGGAUGCAUCAUGGAGAGGAAGUGGUUAUUCAACACAUAUCUGACACAGGUUAUCAUUUGGAUUAUUUUCAGUUGAGAAUCAGAAAAUCAUUGUUAUUGUUUUGAAGGUGAAAUUAGUUGAAUUCUUUGUCCUGACUGAACAAGCUGAAUUACAAUACAUUGUAUUCACUAAUCCACCCUACCAGGCAACCACCAGUCUAGGGCUGGUUUGUGUCAACAGCAUGCUGUAUGACUGAAUAUGGAAGGGCCAUGCCAGGACCCUGGCAGAAUGACUCAGACACACAGGAAGAGCCAUUCCCACACUUUGGUGGCCUGUUAUCUGCCUGAACAUUAAGGCAUAGAGCUGGUGAGAGGGAUUGGUUGGUCUGUCUUAUCUGACCCCCUCACACUAACAUCUGGACCUGGUGGGCCAAACUAUGAUGCUCUCUGUCUCUAUGCCUGAAUGGGACCUAUCACUGUUGAAGAGAGGUGUGUGUGUACACAGCUUGUGCAACUGUAAUGGGGUGUGUGUGUUUGGUCUGAUUGUAUGGAAGUGGUCAGAGCAUCUCAAUUGAAAGCAUUAUUACAUGGUUUAAUUGUUUUGAAAGUGUAAUUAGUGAAUAGAGAUCAAAUUAUUUUUGUUUCAGCAGUCCGCCUGAUUAUCUGACGAGUAAUUUCCCCGUUAUGAUUGUUUUUUUGUCAUGUGAUUCAUGGAUGAACUUCUUCAAAUCAAGUCAUUAUUGUAUUCAUUUAGUUAGGGUGAGAAUGUCUUGUUUACCCCCGAUCUAUACAGUAAGAAGUGUACAUAACUUUUUAAAAGUCACAAAUAGCUAUUCAUGUGUUGCACUCCAUAUUUUUAUGUUGGAAAUGAAAUAUUGUGUACUCAAAAUGAUGCUCAGAUAUUUGGGUUUAUUGUGAUAUUUUUCAGUUCAUGGAAUGCGACAACUUGGAUGUUAUUAGGUCUACCUUUCUUAAGGUCCAUAUUGGAUGGAAGACAGACUGACAUAGUUGUAUUUUAGACACUUAAAGCUGAAGAUCUUAGUCUUUAAAAAUCUCAUUUUUGUUUAACCGUGUAGGGUCAAAAUGUCACAAAAGACAACAUCAAUUGUCAAGAAGAGAUUUUAUUUUAGACUGCAGUGGAACUUUCUCCCUGUUCGUUGAGUUGGAUUAGUUCUAGACAGGAUAUGGAUCAAUUUCAUUUCAAUUCUUAGAAAUUGAAUAUCGUGUUACUUCCUGAAUUGAAAUAUAAUAACCCAACAGUUAUCUCCUACUGUCCUGUUCAUAACCACCACCACUGAAAUUAUAGCACUGGACACUCAUAACACUACACAGCUCUGGGAAUAUACACCCCGAUUUUGUCACGUCGGUUGGUGCAUAUUUCCAACGGUACGGCACCAAAACAUACAGUACCAGUCAAAAGAUUGGACACACCUACUCAUUAAAGGUUUUUUUAAAUUGUAUUUUUUUAAACUAUUUUCUACAUUGUAGAAUAAUAGUGGAGAUGUCAAAACUAUGAAAUAACACAUAUGGAAUCAUUUAGUAACCAAAAAAGUGUUAAACAAACCAAUAUAUUUGAGAUUUUAGAUUCUUCAAAGUAGCCACCAUUUGCCUCUGACAGCUUUGCACACUUGCCAUUCUCUCAACCAGCUUCACCUGGAAUGCUUUACCAACAGUCUUGAAGGAGUUUCCAUGUAUAUGCUGAGCACUUGUUGGCUACUUUCCCUUCACUCUGCAGUCCAACUUAUCCCAAACCGUCUCAAUUGGGUUGAGGUCGGGUGAUUGUGUAGGCCAGGUCAUCUGAUGCAGCAUUCCAUCACUCUCCUUGGUCAAAUAGCCCUUACACAGACUGGAUGUGUGUUGGGUCAUUGUCCUGUUGUAAAACAAAUGAUAGUCCCACUAAGCGCAAACCAGAUGGGAUGGCAUAUCACUGCAGAAUGCCAUGGUAGCCAUGCUGUUUAGGUGUGCCUUGAAUUCUAAAUAAAUCACUGACAGUGUCACGAGCAAAGCACCCCCAUACCAUCACACCACUUCCUCCAUGCUUCACGUGGGAACCACACAUGCGGAGAUCAUAUGUUCACCUACUCAACGUCUCACAAAAACACAGCAGUUGGAACCAAAAAUAUAAAAAAAUCUGACCGAAGUACAGAUUUCCACCGGUCUAAUGUCCAUUGCUCAUGUUUCUUGGCCCAAACAAGUCUCUUCUUCUUAUUGGUGUUCUUUAGUAGUGGUUUCUCUGCAUCAAUGAGACCAUGAAGGCCUGAUUCACGCAGUCUCCUCUGAACCGUUGAUGCUGAGAUGUCUGUUACUUGAACUCUGUGAAGCAUUUAUUUGGCUGAAAUUUCUGAGUCUGGUAACUCUAAUGAACUUUAUCCCCUGCAUUAGACGUAACUCUGGGUCUUCCUUUCCUGUGGCGAUCCUCACGAGAGCCAGUUUCAUCAUAACGCUUGAUGGUUUUUGUGAUGGACUGUCGUUUCUCUUUACUUAUUUGAGCUGUCCUUGCCAUAAUAUGGACUUGGUCUUUUACUAAAUAGGGCUAUCUUCUGUAUACCACCCCUACCUUGUCACAACACAACUGAUUGGCUCAAAUGUAUUAAUAAGGAAAGAAAUUCCACAAAUUAACUUUUAACAAGGCACCUGAAGUGCAUCCAGGUGACUACCUCUUGAAGCUGGUUAAGAGAAUGCCAACAGUGUGCAACGCUGUGAUCAAGGCAAAGGUUGGCUACUUUGAAGAAUCUCAAAUAUAUUUUGAUAUGUUUAACACUUUUUUUGGUCACUACUUGAUUCCAUAUGUUAUUUCAUAGUUUUGUUGUCUCAAUAUGGGAAGGUAGUAUGUGGAAAAUAGUAAAAGUAAAGAAAAACUCUUGAAUGGGUAGGUUUCAACUUUUGACUGGUACUGUCAGUGGGUCUGAUGUUUAGAUUUUUUGUUUGAAUCUGAAAAACAAGUGCUACAUUUACUGAGACUAUAUUGUAAUUACGUUUUUGACACGAGAGAGCAUGAACAGUAUUUACCAGCUGUUGUAAGAAAGUAUAAUCUUGUGUAUACCGAACACUAUGAAUUUAAUGAAUGUACUGAAAGAACUUCCAGUGUAACAUAUACAGUUAUAAAAUGUGAAUGUGAUGAAAAUAAAUCCAUGUUACACUUAAAA